AUGGGUGCAUGUGGAAGUAAGGAGGCGUCGACAGAGGACAGUGAACAGAAGAAGAGAAGUCAGGCUAUAGACAAGGAACUCGAGCAAGAUUCGCGCAGGCUACGGCGAGAAUGCAAAAUCUUACUUCUUGGAUCCGGUGAGAGUGGGAAGUCCACCAUUGUGAAGCAGAUGAAAAUCAUCCAUCAAAAUGGUUACACACAGGAGGAGAGAGCGCUCUACCGCCUCACGAUAUACAAAAACCUAGUCGACUGUAUGAAGGCGCUGCUCGGCGCGAUGCAGCAAUUUGAGAUUGAACCCGAAACUCAAGAGGUCAAAGACUGCGUGGAAUACCUGCUAGAAUAUAAUGUGGACCCAGAUCCCGACACGCCCUUGGACCCCAAGGCUGCAGAUGCUGUAGAAGCCAUCUGGAAAGAUCCCUCAUCAUCGAAGACGAUGGAACGGCAGAGUGAAUUCUAUCUCAUGGAUUCUGCGCCCUAUUUCUUUGACGAAGUCAGACGGCUGGCUGCACCCGACUACAUCCCUAACGAAGCAGACGUUCUUCGCGCACGUACAAAAACGACGGGGAUCUAUGAAACACGGUUUUCCAUGGGUCAACUGAGCAUCCACAUGUUCGACGUCGGUGGUCAACGAAGUGAACGAAAGAAAUGGAUUCAUUGUUUCGAAAAUGUCACGUCGAUUAUCUUCUGUGUCGCCCUCAGCGAAUAUGACCAGGUCCUUCUAGAAGAAGCGAAUCAAAACCGAAUGAUGGAAAGUCUAGUGCUUUUCGAUUCAGUGGUCAACUCCCGAUGGUUUAUGCGGACGAGUAUUAUUCUCUUCCUGAACAAGGUCGAUUUGUUUAAGGAAAAGCUCGGUCGGUCACCUCUGGGCAACUACUUCCCCGACUACUCAGGCGGCAAUGACGUGAACCGGGCCGCCAAAUAUUUACUCUGGCGUUUCAACCAAGUGAAUCGAGCACAGCUCAAUCUUUAUCCUCAUCUAACACAAGCUACCGAUACGACGAACAUUCGUCUUGUCUUUGCCGCGGUCAAAGAGACGAUUCUACAGAAUGCCCUGAAAGACUCGGGAAUAUUAUGA